AUGGCGAACCUUCUCAAGAACAUUCUCAUCCUAGGUGGAUCAUAUGCUGGAGUCAGUACAGCACAUAGAAUACUAAAGCAAUCAGCCAAAGCUGGACUAGCCAUCAAGAUCACCUUGGUUUCACCAAACACCCAUGUAUACUGGAAUCUUGCAGCCACACGAGCAAUUGUACCUGGAGGAAUGCCAGAUGAGAAAGUUUUCGCAUCCAUAGCUACAGGAUUCAAGCAAUACACUGCUGAUAAAUUCGAAUUUGUUGUCGGUACCGCUGAGGGAUUGGACGUAGAGAACAAAACAGUUGUUGUUUCGGGAGAUAGUGGGAGAUCGACUUUGAAUUAUGACAUUCUUAUUCUCGCCACAGGCUCAAGACCAAAAGAAGAAUCACCCUUCAAGGGCAAGGGUUCAUAUCAAGAGUCACUUGACUUGUUACACGAAUGGCAAGCUAAGGUCAAGGAUGCAUCUUCCAUCUAUGUAGCUGGAGCUGGAGCGACAGGUGUCGAAACGGCAGGCGAGUUAGGGUUUGCAUAUGGUUCUUCCAAACAGAUCACUCUGAUUGCAAGUGGCCCUGUUAUACUUGAAGGCACUCCCGCAAGUGUCUCCAAAACAGCCACUAAACAACUUGAAAAUCUCCAAGUCAAGAUCAAGGUAUCCACCAAGGUUUCCGGCACAGCAAAGACACCUGAUGGAAAAACCGAAAUCACUUUAUCGAACGGCGAGAAAACCAUUGUCGACUUGUAUAUUCCGACCAUGGGUCUCAUCCCAAACUCUUCAUACAUUCCAGAGAAACAUCUCAACCCAGCCGGUUUUGCAAUUGUGGACCAGUUCUUGAGAUUGAAGGAUGCUGAAAAUGUGUGGGUCGUGGGUGAUGUGUCGGCUGUUGAACGUCCACAAUAUGUGAAUACCGACAAACAAAGCACUCAUGUUGCAAAGAACAUUGCAUUGAUAUUGAAGAAUUCCGAGCCAUUAAGCUACAAGGUUGCGGAUAAAAAUAUGUUGGCAGUUCCAGUUGGCAAAAAGGUUGGCACAGGCCAUAUGGGGGGAAUGAAAUUCCCUAGCUUCGUAGUCAAUAUGGUGAAGGGGAAGACUUUAUUCACUGAGAAGUUGACGCCUAUGGUUAAUGGAUCUGCUUUUUAG